AUGAAGACGCUGCUCAUUGCCUCAGCUCUUUUCGCUGUUCUUGCUGCUUUCCAAUGGCCUUGGGGCAACAGCAACAACCAAGAUCAGAACCGAAACAGUGGAUUGGACGGUUUCGGAAAUGGCACUCAUCACGGCCAUCAUCACAGAAAUCACACGAGAGGGAAUGGAACUGACAGUAACAGUAGCCAAGACGAUGGAGAUGAUGGUUUCGAGGGCGGAUUCAACGGUGGAUUUGGACAGGGAAGUUUUGGUGGAAACGGAAAUGGACAAGGACAGGGUGGAUUUGGAGGACAAGGACAAGGUGGAUUCGGUGGACAGGGAGGACAACAGGGUGGAUUUGGAGGAUUCGGGGGAUUCGGGGGACAAGGACAAGGUGGAUUCGGUGGACAAGGACAAUUCGGCGGGCAAAACGGACAAAACGGUCAAAACGGACAGAAUGGCCAAAACGGACAAAAUGGCCAAAACGGAUUCGGUGGGCAAGGCCAGGGUGGAUUCGGUGGACAAGGACAAUUUGGCGGACAAAACGGUCAAAAUGGACAGAAUGGAUUCGGAGGACAAGGCGGCUUCGGUGGACAAAACGGACAAAAUGGACAAAAUGGUGGAUUCGGAGGACAAGGUGGAUUCGGUGGCCAACAAGGCGGAUCUCCCAACAACGGUCAAAACGGUGGAAUCGGAAGAAAA